AUGAAUUUUUUUUUUGAAUCUAUCUAUCUAUCUAUCUAUCUAUCUAUCUAUCUAUCUAUCUAUCUAUCUAUCUCCGCCUUUUCAUAUCUAUCUAUCUAUCUAUCUAUCUAUCUAUCUAUCUAUCUAUCUAUCUAUCGAUCCCCCUGUUCAUAUUCAUAUCUAUCUAUCUAUCUAUCUAUCUAUCUAUCUAUCUAUCUAUCUAUCUAUCUAUCUAUCAUAUCUAUCUAUAUCUUUCAUAUCUAUCUAUCUAUCUAUCUAUCUAUCUAUCUAUCUAUCAUAUCUAUCUAUCCCCGCCUGUUCAUAUCUAUCUAUCUAUCUAUCUAUCUAUCUAUCUAUCUAUCUAUCUAUCCCCGCCUGUUCAUAUUCAUCUAUCUAUCUAUCUAUCUAUCUAUCUAUCUAUCUAUCUAUCUAUCUAUCUCCAACACGGUGCAUCAUGCCACAUAUCGACCUUCUUACAAUGACAGUGAUGCAAAUGUAAGCAAGGAUACACUUGUACGGUCUUUUGCCUCUCCUUAUCUAUUCUUUGUCUUUCUAAUUCUCAAUCUUUCUAUCACACACACAUAUACAUAUAUACUCACUCACUCACUCUUUCUCCCUCUUUCUCUUUCUCUCCUUCUCUCUCUCUCUCUCUCUCUCUCUCUCUCUCUCUCUCUCUCUCUCGUUAUUUUCCUUGUUUGCAUGCAAGUUUCUGUUAUUCGAGCUAUAACGAGUCUAACAUCAAUGACAUCCCAAGGCGUAAAUGGACAAUCACAGAUGCUACAUUCACGUUCAUCAAAUUACGCCCGGAGAUAUACUCUUUCAUUUCAUCGUUUUCUUAAUACUUUUGUAACUUUGCUUUUUGUUCUUUCUUUCUUUCCUCUUUUCUUUCUUUCUUUCUUUCUUUCUUUCUUUCUUUCUUUCUUUCUUUCUUUCUUUUCUUUCUUUCUUUCUUUCUUUUUCCAAUGUAUCCAUUUUUUUUUAUCCUCAGGUAUCUUUUUUGUCUCAUUUUCAAUAUUUCUUUUUCUGACAUUUUUCUUUCUUUCUAUUUAUUUCUCUUUAUCUUUAUUUCUUUUUCUUUAUCCUUUCCUUUCUUUAUUUUUUCUCACGUUCUUUCUUUCAUAUCGUUUUUGUCUAUUUUUCUAUAUUUCUUUUUCUGACAUUUUCUUUCUUUUUGCUUGCUUGAUUGUUUCUUUCUUUCUUUCUUUCUUUCUUUCUUUCUUUCUUUCUUUCUCGAAUCUAUCCUAUGUUUUUACUUUUCAUUUUCAGACAUCUUUUUUGUCUCUUUUUCUAUAUUUCUUUUCUGACAUUUUUUUUCAUUUUCUUUUUCUUUUUACUCUCUUUCUUUCUUUGUCAUUCUUUUUCGUUCCCUUUCUCUUUCUUUCUUUCUUUCUUUCUUUCUUUCUUUCCCUCUUAAUAAUUUCUUAUCAUCUAAUUUCUUUCAUUCCUUCUUCCUUGCAGUCUAUCAAUCAUUCAACCCUUCUUUGCAUUAAUCUUUCAUUUCUUUGA